AUGUCUGCCUUUCCCCAGGUUCCUCCUGAAGUGAUCGCUUCCUUGGCGAAGGAUAACAAGUCUCCUCUCAUCAUUGGUCUCGUUGCCGGUUCGACUGGUCUUGGGUUCAUUUGCGUGGUGCUUCGCUUCUUCUCGCGCAUCAAGCUUGUUGGCAUUGUCGGGCUGGAAGAUUACUUUAUUGCGCUUUCCAUGGUCUUCGGUAUUUGCUCAUCUGCGUGCUUGAUCCAAGGUGCAAGAUAUGGCAACGGAAGACAUCUGAUCAACGUCCCCAUGGAGAACGCGUUUUAUAUCCUCAAAUACCUAUUCUUCAGCAUCAUCGCUUACCAUGUUGCUUUGACUUUGACCAAGUUCUCAAUUUUGCUACAGUACAGGCGCAUUUUCACUCUGAAGGGCUCGAGAAAGCCUAUCUACAUUGUCAUGGGCAUAUGCGCAGCCACCGGGACGACUGCUGUCUUGACAGCAGUCUUUACUUGUGUGCCGGUGAAUGCUUACUGGAAUAUGGGCUUGAAGCCUUUUGCGAAGUGUGUUAACCAGGACGCCAUGUACCAUGCUAACGCUGCACUAAACAUCACCACCGACUUGCUGGUCGCUGCACUUCCUGUGCGUCAAUUGUGGAGGCUCCAGAUCGCCAUGAGACAGAAGAUCGCUCUUCUGAUCAUUCUGACGCUUGGCUGGUUCGUCGUCAUCAUCUCCAUCAUCCGCCUCUACUUCCUCAUCCUCGUCGCCAAACAUCCUACCGAUCAGACAUGGUACAGCGGCCCAGCAGCAUACUGGUCCGCCCUUGAAGUCAAUCUCGCAAUUGUCUGCGCCUCAACACCCGCUUUAAAACCACUAGUUGUAAAGAUCAUGCCAAUAUUCGGCACGCGCUUUGGAACAUCCAAGAGAUCACACGACCCGUCGCACUCGACGCAGAAUUCGCGAAGCAAUGGCUUCCAGCGCCUGAAGGGCAAAAAUAGCCAAUCAACGAUGAAUGAGGAGAUUGCGAUUGCCGCGCUACCAAAUGCGUACAGACACGGUGAAGCGUGGAAAGAGAUUCACGUUACGAGGGACUUUGAACAAAGAAGCGUGAAUGAGAGGAGGCUGAGUGAUGAUAGUCAGAAGGAUUUGUACAACGGCUUUCCGAAGCCGAUGGAACGGCGGUAAUGAAUUCCAUAUUUUUGGACUGUUUCGUCGUAGUAGUAGUAGCUGUACCAUGUUGUUACGGCGCGCAAAAUCGAAACAUCUGCU